GCAAGAUGAAAAAAAACGUAGUAUUUUGGUUAAUUUUAUUCUGCAAUGCUAUUUAUUCUGUUUCGAGUUCACCAGAAGAUCCAUACAGGAAAAUUGAGGAAAUAAUCACAAGGGAUGGGUAUCCUUUCGAAAGCCAUUUGGUUCAAACAGAAGAUGGUUUUACUAGUGAAAUUCAUCGAAUUUCAGGUGGUAAAGGUGAAAAAGCGAAUCAAAAGGUAUCUGACAGACCACCUGUUCUUUUAUUUAAUGCAUUAUUUCAAUCUUCAGCCACUUGGGUUUCAACUGGUCCACGAAUUUCCCUAGCUUAUCUAUUGGCUGACAAUGGCUUCGACGUAUGGCUGGGGAAUUGCCGUGGAAAUUUGUUUGCUAGAAAUCAUACGACUUAUGUGGAUCUGAGUUACGGUUUCUGGAACUUUAGUUGGCAUGAAAUGGGAAUGUAUGAUAUACCAGCAGCGAUAGAUUUCAUUUUGGAAAUAACUGGAAGAAGUCAACUAUAUUAUGUAUGUCAUUCUCAAGGAUGUACGAGCGCAUAUAUCAUGGGAGCUUUGAAACCUGAAUAUAAUCAAAAACUUCGUUUCUCAGUACACAUGGGACCUGUUGCAUUUUUGGGAAACAUCCGAGGCAUUGCACGAAUUUUUGGACCUAUAGUUGCAAUUUUUUUGAAACCACUUAUUGAAAAAACGGGUCAUUUCGAAAUCUCAGGUAAUGCCCUAGUUACAACUAUAUUCAGGCAAAUAAUUUUGCACCCACCAUGGUUUGACAUCGUUUUCGGUGCAAUUUAUGCAUUUACCGGACCGGGUAUAUUAUCUAACAACGAAGGACCAGUGAAUGAUACUCUUCCAUAUACGAUAACAGGAGCUUCUACUAAACUGGUUCUACAUUACGCACAAGGAGUUCUUAAUCCAUAUACUUUUCGACAAUACGACUACGGUAGUGUGCAAAAUCUAAAAAUAUAUAAUUCAGUAGAGCCUCCAAGUUAUCCAUUAGAAAAGGUUACAACGCCCAUAGCACUUAUUGAGGGCACAAACGAUUUUUGUGCAACCAAACGGGAUCUGGAUUACUUAGUAAAAAAACUGCCAAAUGUUGUUGGUAGGUUCGAGUAUCCACUUAACCAUGUCGAAUUUGCAUACCAUAUAAAUUUGAAAAAACUUGGGUAUAAUAAAAUUGUGGAGUUGUUACAGCAAUACAAAUAGGCAGCAUUAUAAAGGAUGAGAAAUAAAAUAAUUUUACGUUCAAACAAGGUCAUUAAUUAAAUAAUUGAUUAAUUAAAUUAA